AUGGAUGGCUCAAGUGGUGAUUCUCAGCCAGAGGAAUUCCCAAACCUCAACACCCCUCCCUCGUCACAUAAAUCGCCAACUCAAUUCCCGGGAAAUACCUCGGAAGAUUCGGAGCCUUUCGGGGGAAUCUUUGAUCACACUCCUGCAUCAAGAGGGUCGCAACCACCAGAGAAAUCGCUGGUUGGUAUGUUCGAGGCCUUCUUAAGACAACAGAACGCACACAAAUCGGAAAGGCCUGGGAUCGUAGUCUUUGGCGAACCGUCACCGUUGACAUUCGCUCUCGAAGAGUUGCAAUACGCUGAAAGACCCAAGCUGCACAGCGCGAGUCGCCAAAUCUAUGAUGAGACUGCCUCAUUAGGUAUAGCCGCUCAACCACCUAGACAUCUGUCAGAAACAGACCUCGCAUACUUGAAGGCAAAGGGCGCAUUUGACUACCCCGAUGAGGCUAUAUCGGAUGCGCUCAUCUCGGCUUAUUUUGAAAGAUUCCAUCCACUAUGUUCUAUAGUGGAGAAGUCUCAAUUGGAAAGAGAUUAUCGUGAACAAAAACUCCCAUGGAUAAUCCUUCACGCCGUUUGUUUCAUUGGUGCUACGUUCUGCGACGAUGCAGUCAUCCAUCGAUCGGGAUUCAAAUCGAGAUUCGAAACACGGCAGUUCUACUACGAAAAGGCCAAGGUCUUGUUUACCGUGGGCUAUCACUCUGAUAAGAUUGUUUUACUCCAAGCAGCCCUGAUGCUUAGCUUCUUCGGUCCGCAUAUACACAGCUAUUGGAACCCGGGAAGUUGGACCGGGUUUGGAGUGACGAUUGCUGUGUCGCUUGGUCUACAUCGGGCUGCCACAUAUACCUACUCGCACUUCCGAGAAGUGACGAGUUUACUGAGACGGGUGUGGUGGAACCUGGUCAUACGAGACGCAUAUACGUCUGCACUGCUCGGCCGUUCAUUUAGACUCAACAUGUCUCUUUGCGAUACGGAACCCUUAACAUUCGAGGAUUUUGAAUGCGUCAUAACGUGCCCCCAUGAGCCACAAGCUGAUUGUCACUGCAAGCACCCAGCUCAUUACCAGAUCCAAAUGUCCAAGUUGUCUCUUCUUCUACGACGGAUACUGAUCAGUCGUUUUGGGCCGGGGGAAAGUACAGCUACAGUGGCACAACUGCAUCAACUACUGUCAGACUGGCAGUCCGAGCUUCCAGAAUCGAUAAAUUGGGACCAACAAACGUCGCCCCUGCCCAAGUUUUCCGUGAUUUUCAAGAUAAUGUUCCAUCAUCAUGUCAUCCUGCUCCACAUGUCAAAGCCGGAAAGAGUCUCAUCACCCCAAUCUCAAACACCUUGCAGCAGGGGUCGUUCCACAGCGAUUGCAGAAUCGGCAGCAUCUAGUAUAGCCUCCACUGCUAUCACCAUAAUGACCAACUCUGCUCUGAACGGAUUCCCACACGAACUAUUCCCUGCGUUCUUCCUUGCAGGCAUCAUUUUCUAUCGCCAGUGGCGUCAAUCAGAUUCCGACUCGGCUGAAAAAACCCGGGCAUCACUCGAUAACUGCCUCAUUGUGUUAAACCACGCAGCUGAUUUCUGGGAUCCGGCAAAUUGGGCCGUUAAACUAUUCGACUUCCUUUCUUCUAGCUCCCACGAUACAGGAGGGAAUUCCAGGCCGGUCAGCCAAGAAGAACUUGAUGUGCCCGACAAACUGCUACCAGCCACUGAUGAAGUGGGUUCUGGAAGCUUCAAUUCACCGAUGCUUGAUGUACUACAAACUACGUAUGCGCCAUUUGAUACGAGCACCAUCUUCGACGCAAAUAUCCCGGAAGGACUCGGGGAUAUUAUGUUGAUGCCGAAUUUCUGGCUUCCCGCGGCAGAAGACUUGCAAAUGUUCCCACUAUGA